AUGGUGAGCUCUGACAAGGACGAAGGUGUGUCCUAUGUUCAUCAGGACACGGGGACGGGGGUUGGGACUGCUGCUGGGCAGGGUCAAUAUGCUACAGACAAAUAUGGCCAAUCCCUAGUCCAGUUGGACCCAGCGGCUGAGACCAAGCUUCGCCGCAAGAUUGACCUGAUGAUCGUCCCGACUGUGGCUUUGUUGUAUCUUUUCUGCUUCAUCGAUCGUGCCAACAUCGGAAACGCCCGUCUUGCAGGACUCGAAAAGGACUUGAAACUUGUGGGCAACGGUUAUAACGCACUUCUCUCCAUCUUCUACAUCAGCUACAUUAUCUUUGAGAUCCCAGCAAACAUCCUUUGCAAAUGGAUGGGUCCCGGCUGGUUCAUUCCCCUGACCUCCCUGGGCUUCGGCAUAUCAUCAAUCGGCACUGCAUUCGUCCACACCGAGGCACAGGCCUCUGGCGUGCGUUUCGUCCUUGGGGUUUUUGAGGCUGGAAUGCUACCCGGCAUUGCCUAUUAUAUGUCUCGAUGGUACCGACGGAGCGAGCUUGCUUUCCGCCUGGCAAUGUACAUUGUUAUGGCACCUCUAGCAGGUGCAUUUGGUGGCCUCCUCGCGUCGGCGAUCCUGAAGCUGCCAGGCUUUGGCAGUCUUCACACAUGGCGAAUGAUUUUCGGAAUCGAGGGUAUCAUUACAGUCGGCCUCGCGCUCAUCUCCUUCUUUACUCUCACCGAUAGGCCUGAGACCGCUCGCUGGCUCAGCCAAGAGGAGAAGGAAUUAGCUAUCGCCCGCGUCAAGUCUGAGCGUGUUGGGCAAACACAAGUCCUUGACAAGAUCGACAAAACGAAGAUCUUCCGUGGAAUCUUCAAUCCAAUUACUCUUUCGACUUCCUUUAUCUUCUUGCUCAACAACGUCACUGUCCAAGGCCUGGCUUUCUUCCUCCCAACAAUCGUCAGGACCAUUUACCCCAAGGAGACCGUCAUCAAACAGCAGCUUUACACUGUGCCCCCUUAUAUCGUGGGCGCCUUCUUCACGCUGCUUCUGCCGCUCAUCAGCUCCAAGAUUGACAGGCGCCAAGUCUUCAUCAUGGGCGCGGCUCCCUUCAUCAUGGUCGGCUACAUCAUGUUCCUUGCCAGUGAAAACCCCCAGGUCCGCUACGGCGCCACUUUCAUCAUCACUGCAUCCGCCUUCAUGCUCGGUUCCCUCACCAAUGCGCAAGUCAGCGCCAACGUCGUGAGUGACACGGCACGAAGCGCGGCCAUUGGAACAAAUGUCAUGUUUGGCAAUAUCGGCGGACUCGUCGCCACCUGGUCCUUCCUGAGCUGGGAUGCACCCAACUACCACAUUGGAAACGGGCUCAACCUCGCUACUGGAAGCACCAUCCUGAUCACCGCAACCUUGACCCUAUUCUGGAUGAAGCGUGACAACAAGAAGCGGGAGAGCCGGAGCAUUGAGGAAGAGCUGGCGGGCUACUCUCCGGAAGAGACGUCGGAUCUGGACUGGAAGCAUCCCGGCUUCCGAUGGAGGCCGUAA